UGCUCCCCUCGGGGCCUAGCGAUCUCCUUCGCCAGCCGCGUGGUCCGGGUCCGACUUCCGGUGUCAACGCCAUGUUAGUGACGUCACCGGAAGCGGACAUCGGCACUUCCGGCUUGGCAGAUUCCCGCGCGGUCACAAGGACAUCGGCUCCCGGGGCAACGCCACUUGCAGGUGAGCACCGAGAGCCGUCCUUGGCCGUUGGCGGGUUAUCAGUGGGGGGUCGGAGGGGCAUUAGCAGCGCAAGCAAACUGCGCAAGCGAACGGCACAUUUGAAUGUUAAUCCUCAGGGGCAUCAAAGGGGUCGCUCCAUCAUAAGAGGUAGUACCAGGCAGAUAGCCAGUGAUAGGGGUAGGGGGACACGCAGAGUUAACCCUUCCAGGGCAAUGAGGCCAUUACAGUUUAUACAAAUGGGAGAUAACGCAAAUGCCGUUCAGCAGGCCGCUCCCGAUAUUAUUAACCCACACAGGGCUGAUAGUGGUUUAGUGCAAGCGGCCGCUCAGCCGCAUGAUAUUGUGUCUAAUAAUAGCCUGCAUGUGAAUCAAGGCAAUGUUCAAAGUAUGCAUGUUAAUCAAAACAUUGAGCAUCAUUUACCAUCUCAUCAUUUACCAUCCCCCAUUGGUGUGAAUGCGGCUUUGAAUGGUGUGAACGUACAAGCAGCUCCUCAGGGAUAUAAUACACCCCUGGUUGGCAUACAUAAUGCGAAUGUGCAAUCUUUAAGCCAGCUACAACAUCCCAUUACUUUAGGCAUACAAGGAGUACAACCCCUUGAUCAGGGUAUCCACUCCCCCAUGGCAGCCACGCAGGGCGCUCAUGCACACUCAUUAAACCAUGCACAAUCAAUAAGCCAGGCAUGCCAUAACCCUAUUGUAGACCAGCAGGGUGUGAAUGCUCAGACAUCUGCGAAUGGACAGUCAGUGAGUCAGGGAUUUCAUACACCACUUCAUAUAGCUCAUCCACCCCUUGCUACUGAUAAUCCAGACACAUCCAUUGGGCAAAGUGCUCGCCAAAUUCUUUCUCUUUUGCAGGGGGCAAUUGGAUCACAAAGUGCAGCAAAAACACGGACCAACACUGCCACAGUCAUGAGUGGGGCGGAUGCAGGAGUACCAGGCAGCAUUACAGCAGGAGCAGCAGCCACCACUUCCACUGCACAGCAAGGGUCUUCAGGACUCGCCCUCCAAAACCAGCCAGCAGGCCAGCCCGUUUCCAGCAUGGGUCAGGGACCUCCUGCCAUUAGUCACGCUCGUCCUUCCUGGAUAGCCUUACUGCCGUUGGUCCGCUCCUCCUUAGCACCAUCCACUUGGCACGCCUAUGCCCGCAUGUGGUCUGAAUGGGACAAUUUCUGUGCGUCCAGGGGAGCCGACGCUGCUCAGGGGUCUAGGGACAACUUACAUGAUUGGCUGGUGAGUUUGCAUGCCUCUGGGGCCCGUCAGGGGGCAAUACAAUCCAAAUUGGCCGCCCUCUCAUUUUUCUAUAGGGCAUUAGCCAUUCCUGACCCAACCAAUUCCUUUUUUAUUAGGCAGGUGAUCAAGGGUUGGGGCAGAUCGCAGCAGCGGAAAAUAGACACGCGCGAACCCAUCACCCGCGACCGCCUGGAGAGUUUGCUCUUGGCGCUCGACGUGGUCUGUAGAUCAGAUUUUGAAGCCCUACUCUUCAAAACUGCGUUUAAUCUGGCCUUUGCCGCCGCUCUUAGAGUUAGUGAGGUAGUAGCACCCUCCAAGCAGGCGUCUGGGGCAGGUAUACAAUUGCAACAUGUUAGAGCUGCCCCUGAUUCCUUACUUCUUUUUCUGCCGCGAUCAAAGACAGAUCAGGAAGGUAAGGGAACCUGGAUCCCCGUUCACCCUCAGGUGAACAGCGCAUGCUGCCCGGUUAACUGCGUUAAUCUUUACCUGGCUCAAAGGCCGCCUGGCCCGGGGCAAUUCCUGGUCCAUGCGGACGGCAGAUCCCUUUCCAAAUUUCAGUUCGGUAGGGUCCUAAAAUUGGCGGCAGUCCAGGCGGGGCUGGACGCUAGCAGACUGGCCCCGCACUCUUUUCGCAUAGGGGCCGCGACUAACGCUGCGCAAGCGGGCUCCUCGUGCGAGGACAUAAAACGUAUUGGGCGUUGGCGGUCCAAUUGUUUCAGAACCUAUGUCCGUCCAAUUGUUUAAUGUUUAGAUGUUAAUUCAGGAUACUAAAAUGUUUGUCUCCACAGGCACUACCCCCGGGGUGAAGCGAAUCUGGAUUGUGGGCCACUCCUUUGUCCACUGGGCCUCCCUACGCUGUGCGUCCCUCCCAUUUGGCCAAUCCCUAGGUCUCCCUUCCAACAAGGCAUCCGUUAGGUGGUUGGGUGAUAGGGGGAUGUGCUGGCCCCAAUUAGCAGGAACCAUAUCUGGGGCCCUGGUACGCUGGGGGAAGCCUCACAUUAUUAUUCUUCACCUAGGGGGUAACGAUGUGGGGGCCAUACCAGUUUUACAGUUGAUUAAGGUUAUGCAGGCAGACAUUGGGUGGCUAAGAGUACGCAUCCCGGGGGUCAUGAUAGGGUGGUCCCAUAUAAUACCCCGUCUCCACUGGAGGCAUAUGUCGGCCCAUACGGCGGCAUACCGGGUUAGGAAGAAGAUCAAUGCGUCUGUAGCGAAAACCGUCACUGGGUCAGGUGGCUUCGUGGUACGGCACGAAGCCAUUUCGGCUGAUAGAACCGAGCUAUAUAGAAGGGAUAAAGUUCACCUUUCUGAUGUGGGGCUGGAUUUAUUCAUAGGGGACAUUCAGAGAGCUCUGUUACCCCUCCUGUAAAUCGGGUUGUGCAUUGGCGGCAAGGGUACCAUUAAAAUGCUUCCUUGUGGCGGGAGAUCCUCGGUCCGGUUGCGCAGGAGAAGGUCGCUAGGGGUGAGUGAUGGCCAGACUUCCGGGGAGGAGGGUAGGCCCUCACGUGCACGUGACGGUAACCCUCCUUCCUCCCUUUUGAGGGAUGGUCACGUGAUCUCUGCAACCCCUCAGCGUCAUCUCCUUAGGGCAGAGACUCCUCUGCUGCUGUUCCCGUUGGGCCGGUGAUCUCCUGCUGUUCUGGGUAGCUGAUCUCUAUGCCGCCAUAUAUAUUUUCAGUUCUAUCAGUUCUAUCUAGUUUGUUAGGUUAAUAAAAUUUUAUGGCCUGUGACGGUCACAAAAUUUUUCCCAUAAAAAGUUUGUCUGUGGUUAUUUCGCACUACAUUCUCAUGUACAUAGUUAUUUAAUUAAGUUAUGUUAAAUCCUCUCCUCUGUGAAGAAGGAUCCGGUAAGCAUUUAAUCCCUUAAUGCAGUGUAGGGCUUAGUAUAAGCCUGGAGCAGUCUAAGGGUUAAGGCUGUAGGAGAGUGGGUUAGAAGAGAGAGGGAAGGUGCUGGGUGCAACAUUGUUGCAAUUUAGGGUAGGCCCCUCCUUACCAGUAGAUAAGCCAAGUUCUCCCUUGCAACUUCCUCUUCUUCUCCGGAUCCUGGCUGAAGCAGUUUUUUCCCUCCCUCCCUUCCCCUUUUGUAAUGUUUUAAUGAUGUUGUAUUUUCGACGGCACCUUAAUGGCAGGGCUAUGGCUACUCACCCUAGGCCCAAUAAGCCAUUACUGUAGGAUAUGGAUCUCCUCUCCCUGUUAUGCGGUUUACACGGCUUGGUAACAGGGAAUCCUUAUCUAGGUGGAAGAUCUUCUUUCACCCUGGCGGCGGGAGAUCCUCGGUCCGGUUGCGCAGGAGAAGGUCGCUAGGGGUGAGUGAUGGCCAGACUUCCGGGGAGGAGGGUAGGCCCUCACGUGCACGUGACGGUAACCCUCCUUCCUCCCUUUUGAGGGAUGGUCACGUGAUCUCUGCAACCCCUCAGCGUCAUCUCCUUAGGGCAGAGACUCCUCUGCUGCUGUUCCCGUUGGGCCGGUGAUCUCCUGCUGUUCUGGGUAGCUGAUCUCUAUGCCGCCAUAUAUAUUUUCAGUUCUAUCAGUUCUAUCUAGUUUGUUAGGUUAAUAAAAUUUUAUGGCCUGUGACGGUCACAAAAUUUUUCCCAUAAAAA